GUUUCAUACAAUUCGCUGGAAUGGGUAUUAAAAAGGCAACUAAUCACAUACAGAUAUUCUUGUAUUCAUUUAUUGUGAACAAUCCUUUUCAAGACGAGUCUCCCACAAUGCACACUGAAUCUUACCGCUUAGCUGAGGUCCUGGCAGUGGCCAACAUUCACCCUUUUUAUAAUCCGGGCGUCCAGUAUCCUCCUGGACAUGAUGCAAUUCAAUAUGCUCGACGGUCUGCCUCAAAGCCUGCAACCGAAGUCGAUCUUCGUACUCGACCUAUGGUCACUAAAAAGGAUCUGUACAUUUACCAUUCGCCAGUUGUCUAUCUUCCACUGACAUGUUACCUUUAGUUACAAGGUCAUUGAGCAUCUGACCCAUGAUACAAGCCCAGACAAUGUUUACCGACUCCGUUCCUACAUCAGUAUCACUGGCGGCGGUUCCGGUGGGUUACCGUUGAUGUUCGCCACGGAUGUAAAGGAAAAUCGCAGACACAGAGCAGUUUUCGGCGAGUUCAUGGCGGCAUGUGGACUUGUUGGUCCGGGCGAUUGGGUCCUUACGACCCAUGCAUCAGGUUACUUGUACCGAUCUCUCGACCUCAUGAGUGAGCUUUUCGAGAAUGCUGGAGCAACCGUUUUAAGUUGUGGCAAUUACAUGACCCCAAUCGAAGUUGUCCAGUAUCUGGCCCACUACCAUGUCAACGUUUUGACUGGAGAUGGCAGCCAGAUCAUCCAGGUGAUCCACCAUAUAUCAAUGCUACCGGAGGAGCAAAGGCAGCGAGUCAGGCUGAAUAAGGUAAUUUACACAUCUGAGCCCCUGACUCAGGCUCAAAGAGAGCACAUCAUCGCGACUCUUGGGCCGGUUAAAAUCUGCUCUAUUCUCGGGAGCGCUGAAGCCGGUCCCUAUGCCAUCGGAAGUCCUGAUCUCACUGGCGGGCAUGCCUGUACUCCGAUAAUGGACUUUAUCUUCGACACCCGGACUAUGCUUAUCGAAAUUCUUCCCCCGUCGAUCAUAGACGAAGCGUCACCGUCGGCUGCGAGCCCUGUACCAAAUGGAGAACCUGGUAUUGUUGUCCAAACUUCUCUACAACGACUGCGCAAUCCGGUUGUCCGCUAUAACACGGGCGAUAUCGGUUCUCUGCAUGCCCUGCCCGAGAGUGCCCGUGACGUUAUCGCCCAGGAGGAUUGGGAUCAUCUUCGCGUUCUUCGCCUGCACGGCCGCGAUCGCCGGUUCAGCUUCAAAUGGUAUGGCGUUUACUAUGAAUUCGAAAACGUUGCAGCCAUGGUGCAAGCCGAGGGAACUGGCGUUUUGCAAUGGCAAAUCAUACUCAGUACCCUAGACUCAUCCCUGCAGACAACACUAGAAGUCCGCAUACUUCGCGCAAUAGACAAGGGAGAUACACUAUCCAAAGAGGCUCUCGUUCGGAAGAUAGAGUGGUUCUUCUUCGUUCUGCCGGAGAAUCGUCAUCUUUUCCAGAUUACCUUUGUGGACGGAAUUGAGAAGUUCGAGAAGAGCAAGACUGGGAACAAAGUCAUGAAGCUUGUAGACAAGACGCAUUAGCAUCUUGAGCCUAUCAUUCUUUAAUCUUGUUGUACUGGUCAAUUAUAUAUAACGGAAUCAAGAGUCACUUACAUUCAGUCA